UUCUACUAUGCUCACAAAUUAAUCAAUUUUCUACUUAGACUUCAACAUAAAUUUUUAGCAGAGUCCAUUAUUCCAUGGCUGAUUUACAACAAAAACUGGAUGCAUUGAAGGGUCUUGUUGGUGUGCUAAAUAGCAUGGAUGAUGGUGAAGAAAAUGCUCAAUAUGGUUCUCCUUCAACUCCACACAAUUACAAUCAGAUACCUUUGCCAGGAAGGAAUCGCUCCAAAGGAAAAUAUAACAACAGUGGCAAACAAAAUAUAAAAGGUUUAAGUAAUCAAACUGGUUUCACUGAAGGAAAUGCUAAUGGAGCUAUCAACUUUGGGGAUUUACGUAUGUAAAUAACUCAAAAUAAGUAUAAAUAAUUAUAGUGUGACAUAUAAUAAGUAGAAUAAGUGCUUUGUUGCAUGGCUCUAAUAUCUUCAAAAGUCUUAUUAUAUAUAUGGUGAUGUGAGAUAUGUCUACUUUAAUUAA